CAAGGGGGUCCCUCUGACAGCAACGAGGCUUACAUGUGUGCUCCGAGCAUAUUGUGGGGGUAUCACUGCCUGCCAACAUCAGAGCUUUGGGAGCUUGUCUGUUGGCAGGUGCUGUGUAACACAAGCUUAGACCCAGUCUAGCGGGGGCGCCAUCGCUGCCAAGUCAGGCCCUGUUGCCGCUCGGGCCAGCCAUUGAAAUGCUGCUAAUAUGGCUGCGAAAGGUCCAGCCUUCGUUCCAUGAAGGUUCCAGGGCUGAAUCAGCGCCCAGAUAUUCUCCCAUUCUGGAAACUUCUGGGGCUGAGUCAGCACUUAGAUGUUUUGGGACAGGUGACACUUUUGGUGGCAUAGUAUGGCAAAGCGCGGCAUGGCGCGGAAGCUGUUUUUUGCUGCUUGCCUGGUUAUGGAUUCCCACAUCUGGUUCUGGGACAUUCCAAGAAACCUUCUCUUUGUAGAGCCUUGGCAAGGGACCAGAAGUGGCAGUCAGAAAAGCGAUGACCCCCAAAGUCCUGAAAGGCGCGCGACAUGUGCGAAGUUUCAAUGUCAAUUGAUCGCGGACCUGGCAAAGGAAACACUCAGGUGCAACAGGCUGGUUUCAAGGAGCUGCCCUGGGUUCAUUGCCUUGUUCUGGGCUCGACAGCCGCUGGAGACGCGUUGCCAUCAGGAGAGCCCAUGGCUGUGCAGCCCACUGAUGCGGCCCGUCAGGGGGAAGACCGCAGCUGCUGCAAGCAAAACAAUCAGAAGCCAUCGCCGGAUGCAAAUACUGCUCAGGGAACCAGCCUUUCUCCGACGCCGGCGAUCGAUGCGGGCCCCCAUGCCUCUGGAGGAAAGGCUCUUUCCCUCGCCGCGAUCCGCCAGCUGGCCCCAAGGGCUGUGGCGGGGUCGCCCACCGGUGUUUCAGUGAGGGGCCUGCGAGUCAUCCGAAAGCGCGCGGGGAUGGCGUGCCGACGCGCUCGGGAGGAGCUCGGGUCUACAGGCCUCCUCUGGUCGAAGGCUGCCUGGGAUGGGAGCCUGCAUGCCACGAUGGCUGGUCUCCAAGCGCUGGCUUUCACCGCAGACGUGGGCCUGCAACAGGGAUUCAAAGAGGUUUUGACUUUAAUCAAGCAGGCCCACCUGGAGGGCCUGCAGCGAUUGGCAAGCGCCUCCCGUGGAGGUCACAAGACUGCCGCGAGCCGAGCGCACACGAGCCCAG